AAACUAACACAGUUUAGCAAUAUUAUACACAAUCCUAAACUGUCGACUAGUAUAUAAGGCUGGUAUUAACAUUAGCAGUCAUAGGACUUUUUUCUCAGCAACUAGGAAUCAAUUCUCGAUUUAUAUUUAUGCUGUUUUAAUGCCUGUCAAUGCAGAAACCUAACUUAAUCUUAACCUAUCUUGAUCUGACAUAAGUUCAUGAGUUGUAUGAGCGUACAUCCCAGCGAUUGAUGGAUUAUGUUAUGACAAUUGAUCGAAUUUUUUAGUUCCGUGCAUAUUUGAAUUCACGUUGACAUUAUGAUACGUAAAUGAUGCGGUAUAUCGGCAUUUUAAAACAUACUGGAAUUUAGAAGUAAAUGUUAGAUUAUGCAAAUCUGCUUUGCAAUUAUAUAACUUAAUAUACACAAAAUAUAUAUUGGAAACUCACAUACACAGCAAUAUGUUUAGAGAUACUCAAAAAAUUAUUGUGGAGGAUGGGCUUGCCCCAUCGGCAUCAUAUGUCAUAAAUAUGAGAAUGGAGGACUUAUUGGAAAAAUUAAAGUUAUUAAAUUACGAUGCAGAAUUUGUUCAAGAGUUAAGAAUGAAACCGAUAAACAGACACUACUUUGUAAUUCCUACAAAUCCUGGUGAGCAAUUUUAUACAUUUACUUGUCUGGCUGCAUGGUUGAUUAGAAAGGCUGGGAAAAACUUUGAGAUGCCGCAAGAAUCGGAUGAUCCUAAUUCCACAAUAGCUUUAAUCUUGGAUUUUCUCAGGGAAAUUGAUGUACCUGUAGAAUUCCCACCUAAUAAACUUAAACAGGGUAUAGGAGAACACGCGGUUUAUGUGUUGGAUAAUUUAGCUGACAAUGCUUUAAAAGUGGAAAAAUUCAAGUGGAAAAAGAUAAACAUUCUACCUGACGAGCCUACACCAGAACCAGAUAUUGAAGAUGAUGAUGCGGAACUAAUUUUAGAAAAAGUGGAAGAGGAAAUGAUGGCUGAGUACGACGAUGAUGAUGAACAAGAUAUUUUACGCAUAGAUGACAUUACAAAAUUAUAUAGUGAAAAUAAUAUGAGUGAAACACAAAAACCUGACAAUAUUUUAGAAUCUAAUACUAAUAGGGAUGAGUGGCAGUUGGAAUUGGAAAAAGUACUACCUCGUUUGAAAGUGACUGUUAAGACAGAUUCAAGAGACUGGAGAGCACAUCUCGAGCAAAUGAAACAACUGCGUGCAAAUAUUGCGACUGAUCUAAGCGGUACAAAGGCUAGCUUAAAUAAAAUUUAUACCGAUAUCGGAAAUACAUUAGACAAAGUCAAAACUAGAGAAACUUUUCUUAAUAAGCAACUCGAACCCUCUUUAACGGAAUAUCGUUCUUUGCAGGAAAAACUAUCAAAAAUUAAAGAGCAGUAUAGAGAUGUUAGUGGUGGUGUUACAGAACGAACAAGAGUUCUUAAUAAAUUAGUGGAAGAAUUAGAACAUCUAAAAAGGGAAAUGGAUGAGAGAGGAUCCAGCAUGACUGAUGGAACUCCUCUUAUUAACAUAAAGAAGACGAUCACAAAGAUGAAGAAUGAAAUCUCUGAGAUGAACAUUCGGAUCGGCGUAUUAGAAUAUAGCUUAAUGUGUGCGAGAGUACGAGAUCGAACGCAAUUACGAGAGGACAUGAACAGUACGAGUACUUCAAUAAUAAUUUAAAUCAUACAUCUCUCUUAUAUUUAUAUAUUAUCUAUUUUUUAAUCCGUCCAAUAUGUGAUAUCAAAUGUGUAGUCUAGUUUUGAGUAUUUGUAUUGUUACCACGGGUCCAAUUACACUCUGCCUUUUUAAUAAAGUUACAAUAAUGUGUAACUAUAUAGAACUGAACAUGUUACAUCGAUUGCAGUGUAAAGCAUACGGAUUUUUUGUUAACACUUUAUAUAUUUAUAUAUAGCUAUAGUAAUUAAUGCCGAAAUCGCAGAGUGAUUGUUUCAAUUAUAAUUCGCCUGACGUUAAAUAAAUCGUGUUUUCAUCUCGUUAUACAUAA